GCGGGUCGCCCGCACACCGGCGCCGCGGUGCCUUUAAAUGCCCGGGACCAUGGUGCUGUGGCGCGUGGCACAACAAUAGAUACCAUAGAUACGCUGAAGCACGUCUGAUGGGUUCAUUCGUGUUGAACUAGUCAAACUUUGAUAAAGUUGCAUUUUGCAUGAUCCAUCACAGUUACAGAUGUGUGUGGAUGACUACCUUUGAACCCGCCAGCGCCGUCCCACGAAGACGCCUCAUCCUUGUCACUGAAAGCAUGCACCUUUCUGUGGCAACGACUUCUUGACAUUCCUUGCCAGCUUUGCGAGUCCGCUAGCGUUGUGAGUGGUCGAAGCACCACAGGGAGGCUGGGGGCUAUUGGAAGGACUGCAGCGUGUUCCCGGAGCAGUGCCAAUGAAUGAUUUUAAGCAGUCAUUAGUGCGUGGUAGCACCAGCAGCACUGAUGCUUGCACAGGCGGCGAAGAGGGUGGCUCCUCUGUCAGCGUCCCCGCCUCCCCACUCAGUCGGAGCAGCGCAUUGGCCGGGGUGGCGCUUCUGGCAACGCCUGGUGACAAUGCUAGCAGCAACACCAAUCCUUUCGACGUGGAGCCUGAGCAGCUCACACAGCCAUCCUGUUCGCCGUCCAUGUUCCUGUCGAGAAGCCGUCAGACGCCAGGAUCGCGCCGGUCAUUCAGGUGGUCAAUCGAGCAGAUGGCCGGCUUGUGGCCUGUGAACAUCGAGGAGGAAGAGCCCAGCUUUCCUCAGACGGCAAGGAGCGAUGCCCUCUACGAGGAGCAGUCCCAGCAGGCCAUCGAGCUGUUCUUCUCGCGCCACGAGAUCGUCCCGUCACCAUGGGAGGCACCAUCGAGGAUGAGGAGCGCGUUUGUGGCCUCCAAAGGCCUUCUUGAUGGCAACAACACAUUAUCAGGACGGGAGCCUCAGUCAUCCUCAGCUUGGAGCCAGACAACCCUCUCGAUACCCCCGGAUGCUGACCUCGGCUCGCUUUUGGGCGAGUACUUCACCUUCCAUGCGGCUCAGGACAAGCAAACGGCCAGUCAAGCAAACAACUCCCGUGACUCCCUUCGGCGCAAGCUUUUUUGCAAUGCUGUGGAGGGGAAAGUGAACUAUCCCGAGAGUGGAAGGCAGAGCUGUCAAGUCGCUGAAAGACAAGGCUCGGCGAAGCGGGAGAGCCAACGGCUAAGCGUGCUGAUGGACGGCCCCAUCAGGAGGCAAUCUUCGACGCCCGUGCACAUGGCACUGUGCUCGAGCCCUAUUGGUGGCAGUGGCCUGCGUGCACGUUGCAGCCAGGGUUCGAGUCCAGAAGGUGAAGGCAUGCAGCUGUCGCCCAUCUGCCGGCAAGCACGCACCAAGCCAUUGCUUGGGACACCUCAGCAGCAACGGAACCUGAAAAUACCCGAGCCCGAGGAAUCUCUUCCCUCCACUGACGAGGAUGACCGCAGUGACCACACCGAUGAGAGCGUAGCAACCAGCGGAGGUGCGGGAGACAUGUCGGUGCUGACGGCUGGUGACCGGUCGGACUUCAUGCAGCUCAGCCCUUCUUCCAACGGAUCAAGGCAGCGCGAACCUCUAUGACGACGGCCACAUUUUAGUCUCGCGAAAAGUGACUUCUGUUUUCACACUGCCAUUAGGGGUAGUCGUGCUUGUACCUCCAGGCUGUCUGUGGUCAAGUCUGUUGGCGUGACGGCAUGCAGUGAUAUCCUUCCCACAGUGUGAUGUAGCGCACACAUGGCAGAAAGGGAACCGUGGUACGAAGAUGUUUGCAACUUACUUCAAACUUGGAUGAGCAAAUUUGUAUGCUCAAGUGCUGCUUCGGUGCUUGGCAUGCCUUGAAAGUUGCCGAAGUGUGAUGCUGAGGUAUGACGCUCGUCUGUUCCUUGUCUUCAGAGCGCAUUCAGUCAUGUCGUGCGACAGUGGGAGCGCAGUGCUUUCUGCUGGUGCGGUGCCUGCGGUUGAAUGUGUUUGACAGUGCGUGAAAUACUAUCGAGAGUGUGCUUCUCUGCCUUGCUUUGCUUUGCCCAGCCAUGAUGGGCUUCGCACCAAAAAAAAGAAAGAUGCAAUCAUGAGGGUUUAUGCCACUGUUUUUGCAACUUUUCAGUCCCUCCUCCUUUCCUAGAUAAGCACACAGCCUUUAUAGUCAUCAGCAAUGCAAUUGUGAUAGCUGCCGUUCUAGUUAGGGCAGUCCUUGCAUGCAGAGAAGCCUACUUGCAGAAUAUUGCACGAUCUCUUCUACUGUGGUCUCGAAUUACCAGCAACUUGAGUUGAAAUACAUAUAAGGCUGUACAGGUAUACUCGGGCAUUAUGUAGACAAAAACAUUUGUAGCUGAAGGCAUUGGAUAUGCUUUUACUGGUCCAAAGAAUAUCACAUCUGCCAGAUACUUGCAUUCGAGUCUGUUGAAGCCACCAGCACUUGCUUCUGCAUUACUUCUGCAGUGGAAUAUGGUGACGUGAGGCAUUUCUCUCUCGAAAAUGUCAUUGACACUGGUUAAAAAGUUGAUAUAAGGUAGGCUGUGCCCACAAGAGUGGAAGGUUGUUGGACUUGUAGACGUUUUUUUUUCAUAACUAAGUGUGCAAAGAGCACGUGAGACGGCAGGCAUCUGCUUUUUUUGUCGUCUCUUCUGUUUUCUUUUGUACUGUUCACCGUUGUCACAUGAGCAAGUUGAGUUUCCUUUUUAUUGCAGGUUUUCAUCUCUGAGAGCUUUGUGACACUAUAAGAACAAUCUGGAACUGUGUCAGGCUUGCAAAGUCUGAAGUAUCACACAACCAUAGUUGGGCAGGCGAGCUUGCAUACAGCAGAGAAAUUGUUUAUAGCUUUUGUUGUUUUUUACAUUUAUGAGAAGGCGUAGUUUUAUAUUUUCCAAUUUUAGGCAUGCUGACAACAUAUCAUUGCAUACAACUUUGUCUAUUUUUGGAAGUUUUUAGCUCUGUUUUACUCUGUUGAAGGAUUGCUGGAAAGUGGAACCUAUAUUUUACUGCCUCCCUGUGUUCUGCGAGUUGGUGUGCUGCAGUUUCAACAUCUGACUUCUCAUAGGGGUGUUCAAAUAACGGAAGUUUCCUAUUGGGCACGAAGAUUAAAAGGAAAGCUUGCUUCAGUUAUGUUGAAUGCCAGUUGCAUCGCUAUACCUAAAAAAAAAAUAUAUAUAGACUUUGCGUAAGUUGAGGCAACUAAUCUAGAUUACAUUGUAUGACAGACAGACAGACAAUGAACUUUUAUUGAGGUCCUGAGGGACUAGCCGGUGGAGACCCGUUGGGGCCCCGGCUCGCCGCUGGCUGCUCCCAUGUCGGAAUCGGGAGGCCAAGCCUCUCCGCUCUUUCACGGGCCCUCCGGACGGCCAUGGACUGGAACUUGAGUUGCGUACUAGAUAUGGCCUCGUCCCAGUCCCGUUCGCUGGUGAGGGACGUAUCCCGUAACGCAGGACACUGCCAGAGCAUACGAGGUAGAGUGCUAACCUCCCCACAAUCCGGGCACUGUGGGUCAAUUUCUGGAUAAAUCCUGCUUAAGAAACUUCGCGAGGGAUAUGACCUCGUCUGAAGCAUCCUAAGCGUGAUCAAUUGUGAUCUGCAUAGAUUUGGAUGUGGAGGCGGGAAGCGCCUGCGUUCCUCUUUAUAAUGGGAGACGAUCUCAUGAAAUGUUAAUAAGGGGUCGCUGUGGCCGAGCUCCUCCGGAUCCAAUGUAGCCCCAUCGCCGUCGCGGCGCGUUAAUUCUCGCGCACGGCGGUGAGCAAUUUCAUUGGGGUUCGGGUGGCCCGGCAGCACGUUGUCACCCAUGUGAGCUGGGAACCAUAUAAUAUAAUGCACGUAUGAGAAAUAAAUAUUUCACACAUUAUCUUCAAAACUACAUCAGCAUUGCCUAUCGAAGCAUAGCUUCUUCAAGCAGUGUUUACAGGCAUGGGUAGAUAUAUUGAGUUGGACUGUAUUCGUAGCAAAUACCUUAAAGAGAACUAAAGAGAAAUAUUGAGUCAAGCUGUAUCAGUAAAUUAUGCUGCUGUAAUGGCAUAUCGGCCACUCUUUAACCAUGAUGGGAAACUUGGAAGCAAUAAAAAAUGCAAGAACAAACAGAAAAACACACACGAUGCUUAACUGAAGCUCCUGUACCAAAUCUUCAGGAUGUCAGAUCUUUAAAUCAUCUACUUGGGUCUUCUUAGCUCUAACUGAUGCAGCAGUAAUGUAGCCCCCAGCCAUGGUGGCUACGUGGCUAUGGCGUUGCACUACUCAGCACGACGUCGCGGGUUCUGCUCCAGACUGCGGGAGCCAGAUUUCAAUGAGGAUGGAAUCCAGAAACACUCCUGUACAACAGUUAAAGUAUGUUAUAGUAGCCUAGGAUGUCAAAGUAAGCACUGUAAUGUUGAACAUAUCGUUCAUGCUUUGCCGAGUUUGAUACCUCAUAAUUCUAAUUCAAGCACGAGAAACAUAACACAUAGCCUAUAGUAGCAUUCUUGGUUGGCUGGAGCAAGUGUUCAAUAAUGGAUAUAUCGGCAAGCCCAGUGGCUGAGUAAUUACUAUAAUAAUGAAGUCUUUACUCAAAAUGUACAGUGCCUGGCAAUUAAAAUGUGGUACUUGGGCCACAUGGGGGCCCAUGUACCACAUUUUUGCGCCACCGAUGAGCUUUGAUGGGCCACAUGCAGCCAUAGUGAAUUGCAAAAGGUCUCGCUCUCAUUUUGUACCACAAUGCAACAGCUUGGUUUCUGCAGUCCCGCCGGUGGCCCAACAAGUUCCGGCAGCCAAGUGUUCAGAGUAUCGCAUUUGAAUCAUACAGCACCGUACUUGCCAUUGGAAAAAAUAGAGGUCAAGAGCGUAUAAAAAGAAGGGUGCCAGUGCAUGUACAUAAAUGCUAUUUUUGGCAGUAAGCGCUGGUGCGUGUCACUUCCAUUCGUACAUCCUUGUUUCCUGCAACUGUCCUUGUUCUAUUGCCAGCUUGAUUCAUAUUUGAAAUUUCGAACAUUUGGACACUCCUUCUCCUUGGUCGCAGAUUCUUUUUUCUGGAGUCUGCCAAAGGAGCCAUGAGCACUGCAGCAAUAAGAUUUUUGUGCCAUUGAAUGUACCGGGUCAUGUCAGACUUGCCGAGUUUAGUGACUGCAAUGUUUCCUUCCACUUUCUUGAAACUCGAUGUGUUUAUUUGCAUGCAAGUGUGAAAAAGUCUUAAAGUGCCACUUUUACUUUGUUGAAACCUACUCUGUGGUUGUAUUGAAGUGUGCAAUGAAUCUGAAUUGUCUAAGCC